CUGGAUGGCCACUGGAUCUUCGCUCUCGUCAGACCUCUCGCCCUCCUCAGGUAUAAUACGAGCACCGCCGCCAGCAUGGCGUGCCCGCCGCGUCUCGCAAUACUAAUUGCACACUGCCAUGCUCUGGCAACGCGUCGUUUGCGCUGCUGGCGCCAUCGCCGGGCUUGCGGCGGCCGGAUAUGCUGACCAUGACUGGGACGUCAUCGUCGUCGGAGCCGGGCCCGCGGGCAUCGUGGUUGCGGACCGCAUGAGCGCCGCCGGGAAGAAGACGCUUCUUCUCGAGCAGGGCGGGCCCUCCUACUACACCACCGGCGGACGCGCACGACCCGGCUGGCUCAACGGCACCGACCUGAGCCGCGUCGACGUCCCAGGAUUGUACAAGGCCAUCUUCACGACCCAAGACAACCUCACCUGUCCGGCCGACGUCGUGAAUUCCUUCACUGGGUGCACGCUGGGAGGAUGCACGGCCAUCAACGCGGGCUUGUUCUUCCAGCCUCCGGCCUCGGAUUUCGAUCUGUAUUUCCCCGAGGGAUGGAAAAGCGCAGACAUGCAGAGCGCCAUUGCGAAGGUGCGCGCCAAACAGCCGUUUACGGAUCUGCCGUCUCGGGACGGGAAAAGGUACCUGCAGUCUGGCUAUGAGGUUGCCAAGGACUGGCUCGUGGACGGCGCGCACUACGAUGAGCUCCGGCUCAACGACAAGCCGGAUCGUAAAAGCAAGGCGUUUGGACACCCAGAGUUUAACUACGAGGGCGGUCAGAGGAGCGGCCCUGUCAAGACGUAUCUGCAGUCUGCGCUCGACCGGCCAAACUUCACGCUCGUGACCGGCGCGCGAGUCACGCGGGUGGCUCGGGAGGGCGAGACCGCAAAGGGCGUUGACGUGAUCAUCAACGGCACCGAGAUGACCUUGACUAUGGCUGCCAGCGGCCGGGUCGUUCUGAGCGGCGGCGCGCUCUUCAGCCCAUCCCUCCUGAUGCACUCCGGCAUCGGCGAUCCAGAGGUCCUGACCAACCUCUCCUCAUCCGGUCUGCUGAUCCUCGAGCCCUCAGACUGGAUAAACAACACGGCCGUCGGCGACAAGCUCUUCGACAACCCAAACACCUUCAUCGAGCUCCAAUCCCCCAACGUCACCUCCUACACCUAUAGCUACGACGACCCGCCGACCGCCGAUCGCGACCUGUACCUCAACGAGCGCUCAGGACCCUACUCUUUCGCCUCAGAAACCAGCGCAUUCUGGGACUUUAUCGAGCAAGGCGACGACACAGUCGGCUGCCAAGGCACCAUUGACUCUUCCGGCGCCAUCGACUUCACCGACAACCACACCAUAACGCUGAACGUCUACGGCACAUCCGGUCUGCGAUCCUUCGGUAAAGUCGUCCUCGACUCCAACGGCCUCCCUGGCGCAACCUCCGGCUUCUUCUACAACGACACACGCGACGCCGAAGCCGUCGGCACCUUCAUCUACAACAUCUUCCAGGCGCUGCCCACGUCCCUCACGCCGCUCAACAUCGCGCGAAACUCGACGAGAGAGGAGCUGAUCAGCUGGGUAAGCACGCCGAGCAGCUAUACGGGCGGGAACGUGCUGCACUGGAGUAGCAGUUGUCGGCUGGAGGAGUGCGUGGAUACAGAUACGAAGGUGAUUGGGAUGGAGAAUUUGUUUGUAGUGGAUGCGAGUAUUGUGAUGCCGUUGACGACGAACCCCGUGUUUGGGAUCAUGAUUACUGCGGAGAGGGCGGUGGAGAGGAUUUUGGACCUAGAUUAGG